AUGUCUUUAUAUCAUUGCCAAAGUUGGGCCCAAUUGUGUCCCAUAGGAGUCAAUCCAUUGGAAACUCGGGAUCUUUGCCUGUGUUUUAUGAGUGGUCACGAAAUGGACAGUCACUCAAAACUGGUCCCGAACAUUUGUCUCAUAACAGCCCCUAAAUUAGCCAAAGGUGUCAAACAAAAGGAUCAAACAAUUGGAUCCAAUUUCCAAGUGUUUUGUACAGUAGAGACCGGGUCUUUGCCCGUGUUUUACGAGUGGUUACGAAAUGGACAGACACUCAAAACCAGUCCCGAAGUUAACUAUAAGAUUGAAAAUUUUGAAAUAAAGGUUGUGCCAAAGUUAGGCUCAAUUGUGUCCCAUAAGAGUCUGUUAAUAGGGAGUCGUUUCCAAGUGUUUUGUACCGUAGAGUCGGGUUCAGCGCCCGUACGGUUCGAGUGGUCACGAAAUGGUCGGACACUUAAUCCGAGUCCCGAAUCGAACUAUAAGAUUGAAAACUUUGAUAUGUUUUCAAUAUUUACUAUCAAAGCGAUUGAUACGAGAGAUGCGGCCAACUAUUCAUGUCUGGCCACUAAUGCUAUCGGUUCUGACACUCAGUUUGUGUUGCUUUCAAUCAAAGUGCCAAAGUUGGGUUCAAUUGUGUCCCACAAGAGUCUAUCCAUUGGAAGUUCCUUUCAUGUGUUUUGCUCCAUAGAUUCGGGAUCUGUUCCCGUAUUCUUUGAGUGGACACGAAAUGGACAGUCACUCAAAACUAGUCCCGAAGUUAACUAUAAGAUUGAAAAUUUCAAAAUGCAUUCAACUUUUAUUAUCGAAAGCAUUGAUAGAAGAGAUGCCGGAAAUUAUACAUGUCUUGUGAAGAAUGCCUUCGGAACGCCAAAAUUACUUAAACUCUAUAAUAGGAGUCAAACGAUUGGCUCAAUAUUUCAUGUGAGCUGUUCUAUAGAAGAGGGAUCUCUUCCCGUGUUCUUUGAGUGGACACGAAAUGGACAGUCACUCAAACCAAGUCCUGGUGUUAACUAUAAAAUAGAUAACUUUGAGAUGUCGUCCACUUUUACCAUAAAGAGUAUUGAGAGAAGAGAUGCCGGAAAUUAUUCAUGUCUUGUAAACAAUGGGUUCGGAAGUGACGGACAGAGCCUAUCCAUUGGGAGUCACUUUCAGGUGUUUUGUACGGUAGAGAUCGGAUCUUUGCCCGUGUUUUUUGAGUGGUCCCGAAACGGACGGACACUUAAGCCGAGUCCGGGAGUCGACUAUAAGAUCGAUAAUUUCGAUAAGUUUUCGACGUUUUCGAUAUCAAAGAUCGAGAGAAGAGAUGCCGGAAAUUAUAGUUGUUUUGUUAGCAAUGCUUUCGGUUCUGACACUCAAAAUGUUUUGCUUACCAUUAAAGGUCCCAAACUUGCACCUGUGCUCCGCUCUAAGAAUCAAAGCCAGAAUUCAAUUCUGCAAAUAUUCUGUACCGUUGAAAGUGGUUCACAGCCACUGACGUACGAGUGGCACAAAAACGGCCAGUUGUUGGCCAACAGUGCAAAUAAUUCAUCCCAUUAUAAGAUCGAUAAUUUUCACACAUUUUCCACACUUACUGUCCAGAGUGUUGGGCGAAGAGAUGCUGGAAAUUAUAGCUGUUUUGUGAGCAAUAGGUUUGGCACCGAUUCCCAGAUUGUCUUAUUGACUGUCGAAGUGCCAAAAUUAUCUGCGUUUAUGUUUGAGAGAAGUAUAACCGAAAAGUCAUACUUUCAGCAAAUGUGUGCCGCAGAGGAAGGAUCGAUGCCUUUCCAGUUUAAGUGGCUUUUUAAUGGACAGUCGCUGCCGAUGGCGGCCGACAGCCACCGGAGGAUUGAUAUGCAGAACCGGUCGUCCACUCUGGCCAUCGACGGCGUCCACAAAAGGGAUUCAGGAAAUUACAAAUGUUUAGUCAGUAAUGGCUUUGGCACCGAUUCCCAGAGCAUUUUGCUUACGGUUAAAGUUCCCAAAUUGAAACCUCAUUUGCCAUACAAUAGCCAAACUGAGGGCUCGUAUUACCAGCAGUUUUGCUCCGUUAAGAAGGGUUCGCAACCUUUUUUCUUCGAGUGGUCCAGAAAUGGCCAGACAUUGAGAUCGGGUCCGGAAGUGAACUAUAAAAUUGAUAAUUUUGACCGAUUCUCGACGCUUACGAUCGCAUCGCUAGUGUCUUCAGAUGCGGCCAAUUAUUCAUGUCUUGUGAGGAAUAAUUUGGGAUCUGAUUCUCAAUACGUUGUCCUCACUGUUGAAGUGUAUUUUGUUUUGUAA